AAACAAGAAGAAAGAAGAGAAUGAGAUCAGCGCGAAGAGAAAAAUAAGAAAAAAGAGCAGAAUCACCAUCAUCAUCCAUGGCGGUGGUGGCAGAUUGGUCUCAACUGCCGAAAGAUCUUCUGAAUCUAAUAUCGGAACGAAUCGACAACAAAUUCGAUUUCAUUCGCUUCCGAUCAGUUUGUUCCAGUUGGCGUUCUUUUUCCAUCCCAAAUCACCAUCACAUAUCUUUACCCUUCAAAUUCCCAAACCUCAAAUACAAACGAAAUAUCUUUCUCAUCAAAGCACCACAACAACAAGAUGAAACCCUAAUUCGUCCUUGGUUGAUUAGAGUUACUCAAAAUUCAUCUGGAAAAAUCAAACUAUACGAAUCCCCACUCAUCUCAUUUGAAUUGCCUUCCACUUUUUCUUUCUCGAUCGAUUUGUACAAAUCCUCCGUCCACAAUCUAGGAACUGAUUUCAUCUUCGACGAACCCUACAUUCAACCUGAAAAGGUCCUUGCUGUUACGCCUCUCACUCUCGCCAUAUUGCUCGAUAACGGCCAUCUAGUACUGUCGCGUUGUGGCGAUGAUUGUUGGACAGGUAUCCCCGACGUAUCAUCGUUCAUCGGAGACAUCGGAGACAUCUGCAUUUUCAAAGAGCGGAUUUAUGCCGUCGAAGAAAAGAGUAGUAAGACAGUUACAAUUGGUCCAGAAGACUUGAGUGUCAAGUUAGUGGCUAAAGAUGUACAUGGAGGACGUCCGGACAUACAAUUCAUGGUAGAGAGUGAGGGUGAGUUGUUGCUAGUAGACGUCUUUGAGUCUUUUACUGAUCUCGGCUUUCAGUUGCAAGUAGACGUCGAUGUGUUCAGGAUUGACGAGAAGGAAAAGGAAUGGGUGAAAUUGAAGAGUUUAGGGGAUAGGGUUUUGUUCUGGGGAAAUGGAUGUUCGUUUUCUGCUUCUGCUUCUGAUUUGUCUGUUGCCAAAGGGAAUUGUGUCAUCUUUAUGGAGAAUGUCUUCUUCAAGAAAAACAAGAUAUGUGAUAGUAGCAUGUGUGUUUUUGACUUGGAUCAAGGUCGGCUUUUGCCUUUGCGUGAUUAUCCCGACUAUCUCAACUUAUUCUGGCCACCUCCACCGUCGAUAGUCAAAAGCAUGCAUAAAACUAAAAAGAGGGCGAAGGAAAGGAAUAGGACAUGAAACACAACAUUGAGUUCACGCACAAAACAUGGGAAUAUGAAAAGUUAGCCUUUAGGUAUUAUAUCCUUACAAAAUGGCAGUGAAAUUGGCAAAAGUGUUUCAUAUCUUAGUUAGAAUGUACUUAAUUUUUUUGCAUAUUUAGAUAUCUUAGCAUAAAUGGUUCAUACAUUGUUAUUUUCGAUUUAUAAAAUUUUUACCGAAAGAAGGACGCCAAUGGUUCAUAUAUUGUUAUUCAUAGCAUGAAAGGGUUUUAUUAUUAUCUAAACAAUUAUCAAAAACAAGCUGAGUUGAAUUGCGUAUCUGCACAGGUCAAUCUGAAUAAGGUUGAAUAAGUUAUUAUUAUAGAACCCAAUGUAAGGUGCUGCACCAAUAAUCUUUUAAGAAUCAGGUUCUCAGAAUUUCAGUUAUUUUUCUUAUUAUGGAUAAGGUGUUGAUGCUGAAUAAUACUUUGAUAUGGGUUCUAUAAUAUUGUGGGUGAAGAGAUAAGGUUGAAUAUCUUCAUGUGCAAAAUGAAUUUCAUCUUCAUUUUUGAACAAAUGUUGCAGGUUAUUGGGUUUUAUAAAGGUGUCAUAUUAGCUUCGACUUGGUGUGUGUGUGUAUGUGCGUGUGUACUAUUUAUAUAAUGAAUCAUGGAUUUCUGUUUCCUAGAGACUUUCUUAAUAAAAGUAUCCAAAUGUUACUAUGUUAGAGUCAGAGAGAUAUGAAAGGAAAAUAGAAGGGAUGUGAAACAAGCCCCCCUAGUUUUGUAGCCCGAACAUGCACAAUCUAUCACACAUCGAGUCCCUCUGGUUUUGUAUUCUCUACCUUUUUUUGUUUUCAUUCCUUCUCUAACAGAGAGAUAUAUAAGGAGUUACUUUCAUCAUUUAGUAGGGUCUGUAUUGAUAUUGUUGCAAAUAGCACUAACAGAUAGACCCAAAGAGGAAAAUAGAUUUGGCAGUCACUUGUAAAGACAACAUCUUAAUCAGUCUCUUUGCUAUACUAUAUACAUAUAGAGUUGUUGGUUGGACCAGACGACUCUGUAUUCUGUUAGUGGUUGAACCUUUGGUUGGUGGUGGAAACAGAAAAUUCUUAGUGGAGAGCUAGAGUGAUUUAUUGUUAGUUGAUCUAUAUGAGUGUUUAUGUGUUCAGUUCCCUGGUCAUGAUCAUGUAAGGAUUGAUGUGUUUAAUGUUAUAUUUCCUAUUAUACUCUUAACUAUUUAUUA